AUGUUCGCCACACCGCGAAUGCUAGCCAAAGGGCCUCCCGGCUUCUGGCGCCGCAGUCUGGACGAGUUCCGCCGACAAGCGAUAAUCGCCGUCAAGAUGGAAGGUCUCCAUCGUCCGACCAAGCCCUUCCCCAUGAUCAAGUUCGAAGCCGACGACAGCAUAGAACGAUGCAAGAUCAUGUGCGACAGCGACACGGGCGGUCUCAGCAAAGCAGGUCUCACAUACGUGCCAGGCAGCGCACACCAGGAACGGAUAGAGGCACCGAAAGACGGCGAAGGUGGUGUGGAAGGAGGGGAUAUCGUGAGCACAGACGGGGGCGAGCCAGCACAUGCACUGUUCAAAGGCAGUAUAUCAACGGAACUACCUCCGAACAAGCCGAACAUACAACGAUCAGGAUACGCCGCAUGGAGGACGAGAGAUCGCGGCGUGAGUCUAUUCGGCAAGCUACUCUGGGACAUCGAUCCAUACUUCUACCUCGCCCUGCGAAUCAAAAGUGAUGGAAGGAAAUACUUCGUCAACAUACAAACCGAAUCCAUCGUACCCACCGAUCUGCACCAGCACUUACUCCCUUCAUACACACCAGGCCAGUGGGAGACAGUCACGAUCCCCUUCUCAGCGUUUGUGAGGACGAACUUUGGAAUGGUCGUAGAGCCGCAGAAGGAGAUGAUGAGGCAGAAGGUCAGGAGUGUGGGGAUUGGGCUGAUUGAUCGGGUGCCGGGACCGUUUGAGCUCAGGAUUGCGGAUGUGUAUGCGACGAAUGAACCGCCUGCAAGACAGGUUGGGACGGAGGAUAGUGGGUUUGAGGUGAAGGAGGAGGAGGAGACGCAGGGUACGGGGAUGAUGGAUGAGGUUGAGCCGAGGAGGAAGAAGGGGGAGCCGGAGAGGAUCCUGAUUUAA